AUGCCAUCAUCAUCUUCUUCUGCUGCCGCACCCUUGCCCGUGCAAAGGAUAAUCGACAAGCUUCGUGAAUCCUUUCUUUCCAAGGCUCAACCUAACUCUAGUCCUAGUCCUGCUGAUCCGAUUCCAAACAAGCUUGAACUAUAUGAUCGGUUUAAGAAGUUGGAAAGGGAUAUCAAGUACGCGGAACGUGCACAUAUCAUUCUGAAGGGCAUGGAGCAAAAUGUCAGUGCCCACCAGGCUCUUGAGCAACAUCUUGGUAACCUCCAAAACGUGUGGAACAUUUUACCUAAGUUUGAAUGUGAAGCCGAUGUUGUUCCCACCAAGGAAGUUUGCGACAAGGUAUCCUCACUCGAGGCAAUGUUAACAGACCUGAGACACCAUAUUAAUGCCGUGCAACAAGGAAAAGAUGAAUACCACGGCGGUGAGGCUGGUGGAACUGUGGGCACGACGUUUGAUGCAUACUAUUUGGUUGGUGAGAAGCAAAGUGAAGACAUGAAGAAGAAGAUUCAGGGGAGCUCUGCUUUCCUUGAUUUUUACCACGAAUUUCUGGAGGUCUUCCACGAUCUCGAACGCAAGACGAAGUUAUGUUUGCUGUGUUUCUCUGUAUUUCCAGAAAAAGCUGUUGUGAAGAAGAGGGUUCUGGUGCAAUGGUGGAUUGGAGAGGGCUUUGUCAACUCUCAUUCCGACACUACAAAUAUUUUGCGGAAUAUAGUAGCCGAAGGAUUCAUUGAACCCGACCUCGAGAAUCGAAGACUGGUUGGCUUCAAGAUGGAUCCUUUGGUUCGCCUUGUGGUUGUAAGAAUUGCAGAGGAAUGUAGAUUCCUCAGCUUCGAUACGAUGGGAGUUCCUGCAAACGAUAUCAGCUGGUCUCACCGAGCUUGUUUGGUGGUCAGGGGUAAUGAAUCGUCUCGGACGCAAUUGACAAGUGGACAACAUCAAGAGAAACUGCAUGCCCUGUUCAAUGUCAAUGAUCCUCAUCCAGAUUUUACAAAGGCCUGGUUCUCAAAGCUGAAAAAUCUCAAUGUGCUACGCCUCGGUGGUUGGCAGGGUUCGGCUGGCCAACAUAUCGAAAUAGAGACCACUAAAGUUUUGGAUGCGCUGGAGAAUAUGAAAUAUCUCAAGUUUGUUAGUCUUCAAGGUAUUUCAAGAAUAACCAAGCUCCCAGAUUCCAUAUGCAAGCUCAAGAACUUGCUGAUUUUGGACCUCAGAGCCUGUCACAAUUUAGAGGCACUCCCUAAGAACAUAGACGCGCUCGAGAACCUCACUCACUUGGACAUUUCCCAGUGUUACCUGCUCGAUCACAUUCCGGAAGGCCUUGCCUCGCUCUCACAACUCCGAGUCCUCAAGGGCUUUUAUAUCGGUCAGUCAACAAGUAAAGAAUCUUGUGGGCUCGAAGCUUUGGCAGCAUUGAAGUAUCUGAGAAAAUUGAGCAUCAAUACAUCAAGGAAAGAUUUCCCGAGGAAGAAAGAGGUACAGGUUCUGCAGGGCUUUGAGCUUCUUGAGAAGCUGACGAUAAUAUGGCUACUUAUGCCGUCGAGAGAACAGACUCGUGAGAGUUCUAGGCCAGAGAGGGCUUCAUUAAACUCACGGUAUGAGAGGGCUUUUAGAAGAUGCAUAUGUGGAAAUAGAGCAAAGCAAGAAGAUAGUCCGGCACAACCUCUACCAUCAGCCCAGUCAGCAGGGCAGCCAGCACUUGUCCCACAACCCAGUAAAAAAUCAAGUUCAACGGACGGCACGGCUGCUAUGGCAGCUUCCCCAGAUCCUGGAGAAAAUAAGACAAACCUGCAGAAAUUGGAACUCCAGUGUUUCCCAGGGACCAGACUGAAUGCUUGGCUGACAGAAGGCAAACUGAAGCCAGAAAAGAAGCUAUAUAUCACUGCAGGGAAUCUCCAGAGUCUCUGCGUGGAACAGGGCAAGGACAUAACAUGGACAGUGCAGGUACUGCGCCUGCGGUCCUUGAAAGAACUCAAGGGGGAUUGGGGUGAGGUGCAAAAGUCAUUUCCAGGGCUGAUUUACUUGGAGAAGGCAAAAUGUCCCAGGCUCACAUUUUUCCCCUGCGAUGAGAAUGGAGUCUGGCUGAAGCAAGAGAGUGAGUCGGAAAUGGUUCUCAAUUGCAGUAUCAGGAAAACGCAAUGUGGUCGCAACAUUAUAUCUUCUGCACUGAAACUGGUCAUUCUGUGUAUGUUUAUCAUGUUUGUUCAUCAGACAGAAUUCUAG